GUCAGUCACGUGCUUUCUGUAAAAUGGUGCCUCCCUGUCUUCACUGCACUGUCCAAAUACCGAAGCUGCUGUGUAGAAGUUUGCAGAGCGAUGCCAUUCAAACUCCAAGCUGAAGGCAGUUCAGGAUGGUCGGUCAUUUCUAAAGCUAAGAAAGCAACAGCCUGGGAAUUUGGAGUGCCUGGAAUCCUGAAUUGCGUUUCUUCUUCUUCUUCUCCUUCCUGUGACUGACCUGAACAUGGCUGGAACCAAAGGAGGUUCUCCACAACUCACAGAGGCAGAUAAAGAACUGAGGAUCAUUCUGGUUGGCAAGACAGGAGCUGGGAAAAGUGCCACGGGAAACACCAUCCUGGGCCGGGAGGUGUUUCAUUCCUGGCUUCAGGCCCAGACGACGACUGUGGUCUGCCAAAGAGGUCACGGGAGCUGGAAUGGCAGGGCUGUUGCAGUGAUUGACACAGCCGAUAUUUUUGACUCAGAAGCCUGCAGUGACGAAUCAGCGAUGGAGAUCAAGCGCUGUAUCGAACUCUCCAGGCCCGGCCCUCACGGCCUGGUGCUGGUGACCCAGGUGGGCCGCUUCACUGCAGAAGACGAAGCGGCGGGGAAGCACGUGCAGGCAGUGUUUGGAACGGAGGCCCCCAAGCACAUGAUCGUCUUGUUCACCCGCAAAGAAGAUUUAGGAGAGGGCUUGUCCUUGCAGGAGUAUGUGACCCAGUCCGAUAACAAGGCUCUCCUGGGCUUGAUUCAGGCAUGCGGGGGGCGCACCUGCGCUUUCAAUAACAGGGCAGGCGGAGCAGAACGGGACGGGCAGGUCACUGAGCUGAUGGAGAUGGUCCAGUCAAUGGUUCUGGAGAACGGAGGGGGGCAUUACGUCCAUGAGCUGUACUUAGAGCCUAACCUAACUAGUAGGCUCCUCAGAUAUCACAUGGCAAAAAACAGUAGGGCCGUGAAAAGGGCCUCUGGGGGCUUAAUUUAUAGGACCAUGUUGGCAAUCCUUCAGUUUCCUGCAGUUGUGUUCUUGCUCUUCUCUAUGCUUCUUGCAGAUCUAUUUGGGUUUGUUUGGCUCCCCGCAUCCGUCUUCUCCCGCCUGAGUAAGUUUCCUGCCGUGGCGUCGUCCCUCUUCCGUGCGCUCCUCGCAGCCGUCUUCUCAGCCCCGCGUAGGUUUUGUGCAGCUGUGUCCUGGCUCUUAUGGCAGUUCCCUGCAUUUGUAUUCUGGCUGUUCUAUAAGAUUUGUCAUUUCUUCACCUGUCUUAUUUCUCCUUUUAAAAAAUCCCAUUAACCAUCUUGCUUCCAGAUAUGCUGGUUAUUUACUGUAAUAAACUUGAUUGAAUUGAAUUGAA